AUGGUUGAAUCUAUGGAAGGCGUCGUUGGUGACGCAGCUCAGGUCAACGGUGUCGUCGGUGAUGAGAAGACCGUAGCAGACAUCCGAUCCAACUUCGCCCUUCUCGAACGAGCCGUGGCACAGUUUGACACUCGAUUUACCCUCAGAGCACUACGAUCGAUAUCGUCGAUCCGGAAGAAGCUGUCGCCGAAAAUCCUAGCCCAAGUCGUUGCCGUCACGUACCACCCAGAGGAUCCCACGGCGCAGACCUUAUUCCAGGCCUGCACGGCGUCGGAAGAGGAUGUACGGAGUAUCAUAUCCCAGGCUCAGAAGAAGAUCACAGCCGAAACUGGGGGAAAGGGACCGAAGGAAGCGAUCCCAGAGGUUGAUGUGUACAUUGCGAUCCUCACUCAGGUCUUUCUGUACGACAACAAACAUUACCUCGUCGGAGCGAAGUUCUCGGGAAGCUUGGUCGACCGAAUCCGAGAACUCAACCGGCGUACUCUGGAUUCCCUUGCUACCAAAGCCUACUUCUACUUGAGCAUGUUCUUCGAGGAGCUCGACCCCAAGCCUCCCUCCUCGCAGUCGCCGUUAAUACAAAUCCGCGGCAAUCUGCUUGCAGCAUUAAGAAGCGCCGUUCUCCGAAAGGACCAGGAAACCCAGGCAGCCGUGAUUGUUCUGCUCCUGCGGAACUACAUCCUCACCGCGGACAUCAAUCAAGCCGAUGCGUUGGUUCAACAGACCAGUUUCCCCCCCAAUGCCCCGAACAACCAAGUCGCACGAUAUCUGUACUACCUUGGGCGGAUACGCGCUAUCCAACUCUCUUACACCGAAGCACAUGACCACCUUGUCGGCGCCACCCGCAAGGCACCGACAAGCUCCGUCGCCGUCGGCUUCUACCAGGCGAGCAUGAAGUUCCUCAUCGUCGUCGAACUCCUCAUGGGCGACAUCCCGGAACGAUCCUACUUCAGCCAGACCAAACUCGAGCGCACCCUGGAGCCGUAUUUCCAACUCGUCAAGGCUGUCCGCGGCGGCGAAAUGCAGGGGUUCCAGCGCGUCGUGCAGAUGUACGCCCCGACCUUCCACAAAGACGGGACCUACACGCUGGUGCUCCGCCUGCGGCAGAACGUCAUCCGCACUGGCAUCCGCAUGCUGUCGCUCUCCUACAGCCGCAUCUCGCUGCGCGACAUCUGCAUGCGGCUCGGUCUCGAAAGCGAGGAGUCGGCGGAAUAUAUCGUGGCCAAAGCCAUUCGGGAUGGCGUCAUCGAGGCGACCAUCAACCAUGAGAAAGCGUACAUGCAGACCAAGCAAGCCGGCGACAUCUAUGCGACGAGAGAACCGGCCGAGGCGUUCCAUGAGCGAAUCAAGGCGUGCUUGGCCCUCCAUGACGAGAGCGUGAAGGCGAUGCGCUUCCCGAUGAACCAGCAUCGGAAGGAGCUGAAGAAUGCGCAGGAGGCGAGGGAGCGCGAGAGGGAGCUGGCGAAGGAAAUCCAGGAAGGGGACAUCGAUGAAGAUGAUGCUGCGGGGGAUUUUGAUGGGCUUUGAAACAUCGCUACAUUCCAUGCUGUGCAGAUCAAGAGCACGUAUAGACAAGGGAUCCCUUGGAUCCAUGCAUUCAAUUGGCGUUCGGCGACUAUCUUGCUGUUCGUGGUAUAAUAGCGCUACUUGUAAUCCCCUGAAAUAUGACAACGGUUAUGAUACUCCGGCGCUUG